UGUGCCUCGGCGUAACAAGUUCAGUUCUGCUGCCAUGCAGUCAUACAGUUCAGAACUUCGUGGUGACGUUGCGACUGUGAUGGCUGGCACCGUGACGAUGCCCACGAACUCCACUCCGAUGGUGGCGACGCCGGCCGCCAUGCUGUCCACGAACGCCGCCGCAAUGGAGGCCACGAUCUCAGGAACACACGACCCUGAUGCAGGUUUGUUUCUCGUAUAAAACUUGUACCUUCACUUUUACCUUGACUGCGAUCAUUGCUAACGUUGUCGUUAUCACGCAGUCGUCGUUCAUUCCGCCACAGAUGAUGUCGUCCUGACCAUCAUGGACGUCGAUGCUGGAGUUGUAGCCCACGUUGAGGAACCAAGCACACCACGGACAGCACCUUCUAAUGUAGUAGAUAAUUGCAAAGCAAAUAAAAAGCCUGUGGUUGGAAUGAUUUUUGAUACACUCAAGGAUGCGGAGAAUUUUUAUAAAUCAUAUGCACACGAUGCUGGUUUCUCUGUUCGUGUUGGUGCACAUAAGAAGAACAAUGAGGAAAUAUUUUACCAGCGGUAUUUGUGCUCAAGAGAAGGGUACAGGAAGGAGAGCGUUCAAGAAGUUAGUGACCAGUCCGGGAAAAAAAGAAAGACACCAAAUGUGAUGGAAACCCGUUGUGGUUGUCAGGCACGUAUUGUUGUCAAGCUUGACAGUGAGAAGAAGUAUCAAAUAUUGUCAUUUGUCGAGGAGCAUAAUCAUGGUUUCAUGUCGCCAGAUAAGAGGCACCUGCUAAGAUCCAAUCGUCAAGUUAGUGAGAGGGCAAAGAGUACUUUGUUCAACUGUCAUAAGGCUAGCAUUGGCACGUCACAGGCAUUUCGACUUCUCCAAGUCACUGACGGUGGAUUUGAGCAUGUUGGUUGCACGCUGAGGGAUUUCAAGAACUAUUAUCGUGACCUGAGGUGCAGAAUCAAGGAUGCUGAUGCACAAAUGUUUGUGCAUCAACUUGAGCGAAAGAAGGAAGCAAAUCCUGCCUUCUUUUAUGAGUUUAUGGUGGACAAAGAAGGACGGCUUGUGCGUGUCUUCUGGGCAGAUGCCACAUGUAGAAAAAAUUGUAGUGUUUUUGGUGAUGUGCUUUCGGUAGAUUCUACAUAUACUACCAACCAAUAUGAUAUGAAGUUUGUGCCAUUCACUGGGGUCAAUCAUCACUUGCAAAGUGUUUUCCUUGGGGCAGCGUUUCUGGCUAAUGAAAAAAUCGACUCAUUUGUAUGGCUGUUCCAGACCUUUCUUAACGCUACGGGUGGACUAGCACCUCAUCUAAUCAUAACAGAUGAAGAUGCUAGCAUGAAGGCUGCUAUUGCUCAGGUUCUACCAAAUACAACUCAUAGAUUUUGCAUGUGGCAUAUCAUGGAUAAGGUACCUGAGAAGGUUGGGCCCGACAUAAAAAAAUGA